CGCGUUGUCUCGCAGAGUUCACUUGAAUUUCUCAAAAAAAUAAUUUAAAGUGUUUUUUGUUUUUCUUUUCUGUGCAACAUUAUAUUUGUAUAUCAUCACACAACAAAAAUCCAUACCUACUUAAACCAUAACCUACCACCGCCCACCCUCUGUAUCUGUAUAUUCUAUCAUUCAACAAAUUAUUAUGUGUCUCUUCUUCUGAUCCCUGCCUGUCUCUGCCUCUGUAGAGUGUAGAUAUUUUUUUUGCAAACAAAAAUUGUUUACAAUUAAAAUCCAUCAAGUUUUUGAAGUGAUCAAUCUAUUAUAAAUUCUUUUCCUCUGAAAGAAAAAAGGAGGAAAAAUCAAUUUGGAAUUAAGGUAAAUUUAAAAAGAAAAAAAAAACCACCGGUUUACGCGGUGUGUCGUAAAAAAUCUGUUCUUUUGAAAUUGACUCAAAAGGCAAAGUGGAAACCAACAAAAUAAACCCGGUAAAAUGUGAAGAAAAAAAAUUCAACUGAUUUCCUGUUUUCCACAAAAGAAGUUAAAUUUUAUUAUAUAAAUUCUCUCAAUUGGAAGUUAAAGAACCAAAUUCCAAGAUUUGAAUUAAACAAAAAAAAAAAAAAAACAAAAGGAUUAACCCACUCUCAUCUGAAAAUGACUGAAAGGAAAUUCACCCGUGGGCUCAAUAAGCCUGGAAUGGCUGCCCAACUUCGGGAGACAGUUUCGCAAGUUGUUCGCGAAAGUGCUGUUUUGAUUUACACAUCGGUGAACGAUGGAACUAGGAAUAAACCUUCAGUAGUGGAACCAAUUGAUUUUGAAGGAUUUAUUGCCAAAAAUAAAACACUAAUUCAAAAUGAUCCACAUCGAGAGUUAUUGAUGUAUCCAAGUGAUGAUGUUUCGGAAGUUGUAUUGCCACGUAAAUUUCGCACAAUCUCGAGUACAAUACCAAAAUUUAGCGCACCACCAAAUACAACAAUUAUCACGCACAAUAAUAAUGUGUCAUCAUCGCACAAUGGAAGUAUUUCUUCGUCCCAACAACAAAAUGGCAAUGGUAAUCUAUCCAGACAGAAUUCACAAUCGUCCACACAAUCAUCCUCCUCUCCGAAUGGUUCAUUAGGAUCAAUUACUUCACCACUAUCAGCGACUUCUUCAUCAUCGUCGUCGUCGAGUUCGACUUUGAAGACAAGCACCGGAACGAUAAGUCAGAGGCCAUCAUCACCAAUCGGGGGGACGUUGCUAACCCGACAGGCACUGUAUACGUAUCAAACGAAUAAUCACUUGGUCCAUUAUAAGUACAGUACUUAUGGUGGAACUUGUCAUGAUCUUCCAAAAAUCAUUCCAGCAGAACAAUUAAAGGAAGAACUUUAUGAAAUCGAUGCCGAUCAGGAUCGUAUCGAUGAACAAAUGACGAGGUCACAGGCUGAUUCCAUAACCAAACAAGGUUAUCUUUUAAAAGGUCCCGACACAAGUUCCGAUCGAAUGUUUGCCAAUAUUGGUUCAAAGUCCUUUAAACGGAGAUACUGCUAUCUCCGUCAAGAGGUCGAUGGAACCUACAUUCUGGAACUGCACAAAGACGAACGACAGGGUGAGGCAAAAGCUACUAUUGUCAUGGAUUUUUGUACCGAAGUUGUACAGAAUCCAAAACGAAGUCGCUUAUGUUUUGAGCUACGCAUGACCGCAGGACACAAAUCCUUCACCCUGGCCGCAGAAAAUGACGAAGAUUUUAAAGACUGGCUGUGUAAACUGUCAUCGGUUUUGCAACAAAACAAAAUCCAAGAAGACAAACGUGUCUCCAGUUUGGAACGAGCUCCACCACCUAGUCCAAGUACCAUGAUGUUUGGUACCCUCAAAGGUCUCGAUCAGAGCAUGAAUCCUCAACUAAUAAAAUAUGGUCGUGAGACUGACAUAUCAAUUGCCCAAGCUCGAAGAGAAAACAGACGACGACUGUUUGCAUGUUAUCAGUCUCCCAGUAAAGCCACAAUUACUGAUCAUGUAGACCAGUAUCGUGAGCAAUUUGGCCAACGAAUACUUGUCACUUGUAAUAGUUUGAAAUUUCGACUACAAAAUCCCACGUGCGAAGGGGAAAAAGAAUCUCUGUGCCAAGUUGAACCUUAUAUAACGAGUUUGGCUUUGUAUGAUGCCAAAGCUGGACGAAAAUUGACUGAAACAUUUUAUUUUGAUAUAAAUUCGGAAAAUGUCAAAGAUAUGCUCCCGAGUCAUUGUUGUGGGCCGAAAAUUGAAAUGAAUGGUAGUGGACCGAAAAAAGUCAUGAAUGGUGUUGAUUUGCCAUCUGAAUUGGCCAAGUUACCUGAAGAUUGGCUAACUUAUCCAAAACAAGCUAUUCUCAGUGUGACAACUCCUCAUCCUGAUGUCUUUUUGGUCGUUAAGAUCGAGAAGAUUCUUCAGGGUGGGAUUAAUCAAUCUACAGAGCCAUAUCUCAAAGCUGCAAAGGAUCCCAAAGCUGGUCUGAAACUCCACAAGUCGGUCAGGUCGUACUCCCAAAAGAUUGGACACUAUCGUAUGCCAUUUGCAUGGGCUGCUAGACCAUUAUUCCGACUCUACAGCAGUGAAUUGGAUACAACAAUUGAAUUUCCUGCGAUAUAUCGACAAGAUGCCAAUCGAUUGAAGGACGAAGAGCUGCUAAGGCUUCUGGCCGAGUACCGGAAACCGGAUAAAUUUAGUAAACUAACUGUGAUACCCGGAUGUAUUAAGAUCGAUAUUGAAGGAAUAUCGGAACUGCCAAAUAAUUCAUUGACAACAACACUGGCGCCAUUAAAGCCAUUUCCUAUGCCGCCAGUAGUUGAGCCAACAUUGGAAUUAUCAGAAUUCCAAAGCACCUCAGAACGUGAUAUAAAUCCUUAUACAACAUUUGUUAAUCACUUUUUUGUCUAUCCCAUUGGACUAUCAUUUGAUAGUCAGAAAGUAUUUUCAAGAGCUCGCAAUAUAACGGUGAUUAUUGAACUCAGAGAAACGGAUGGAGAUGAUUCAAAAGCACUUAAAUGCAUUUAUGGGCGACCAGGACAAGAUUUAUUUGUUUCACAAAUAGCCUGUCCGGUAUUGCAUCACAGUACAACACCAACAUGGUAUGAAGAGAUUAAAUUGCGCCUGCCAUUGCAUCUAACACAACAGCAUCAUUUGCUCUUCUCAUUCCUACACGUUUCGUGUAAUCUGGCAAAGAAACGCGAUACGAAUGCUUCAUUUGAGACGCCAGUAGGUUAUGCCUGGUUGCCAUUGCUGAAUAAGGGAAAAAUUAAUUUAGAAGAACAAAUAUUGCCAGUGGCUGCUACGCUGCCCAGUGGAUAUUUGUCCAUUCAGCCACUUGGUUUAGGAAAGGGGCAGAAUUGUGGCCCCGAAAUCCAGUGGAUCGAUAACCAGCGUCCACUCUUCACAGUAACAUUCCGCUUGGAUUCAACUGUCCUAACAGCCGAUCAACAUUUACAUAAUUUCUUUGCUCAUGCGGAGAAACUCCUUGAAAGUGGAAAAAUCUCAGCUAUACCAGCCGAAUCAGAAACAUGUAAAAUUCUCAAGGCUGCUCAUGCAAUUCACAUAACCUCACUUAUAACAUUCCUGCCAACAGUUCUUAAUGAACUAUUUACACUGCUUGUUAAUACUACAAGUGAAGAAAUUGGUCUCAAUGUAAUACGCCUACUGACUAAUAUCAUUCACAUGGUUAUUGAAGAAGCUGGAAGAAAAGAAUUACUCGCUUCAUAUUGCAAGUAUGUCUUUUAUGCACCAAAUUUCAGUCAGAAAGGACUAGGAAGUCAAACAAGAACUGUUCAUGGUGAAUUAUGUCGACAUUUGCCAUCAAUUUUACAUCCUAACAAUACAGACUUUUUAAUUGUCAAUAAAUUCAUGAAGUAUUCUGGGAUCUUCUUCGAUAUUGUGAUUAAGAGCAUGGCUCAGCAUUUACUUGACACCGGAAGAAUACGAAUGCAUCGAAAUGAGAGAUUCCCAAAGGAAUUUCCAGCCAAGAUUGAUUCCCUGAUUCAAGUAUUGGUGCCAUAUUUGAUUGCCCGUUACAAGGAUCUUCCCAUAGAGACCCAACAACUGAACAAAUCUUUGUCUGUGUUUGUCAAACGAUGUCUGACUUACAUGGAUCGAGGUUUCGUCUUUAAAUUGAUCCGAUUUUACAUGGAGAGCUUUGCUCCCGGUGAUCCUCGCACUCUUCAAGAGUUCAAAUUCAAUUUCCUUCAAGAAAUCUGCCAGCACGAACAUUUUGUUCCACUAAAUCUGCCAUUCCUUUUGAAUCCUAAGAACCGCCCACCAGAAAUGAUGCAUCAUUUCACUCUAUCCGAGGAUUUCUGCCGGCAACACUUCCUCUCUGGGCUGAUGUUGCAGGAAGUCAAGAGUAGUUUGAAUGAGAUGGCCAAUGUGAGACGCCAUGCUUUGGGAAUAUUCAAGAAUCUUCUAGCCAAGCAUGAGCUAGAUGACAGAUACCAAAAUAGAGGACAAUUGGGACGGAUUGCUUUACUCUAUGUCCCCUGGUUGGGCAUAGUUCUGGAGAAUCUCAACCGAAUCCCUGAUCUUAUGGAAGAAGGCGCCCAAAAGCAACCAUUUGGAGGUGAAAAUGGUUCGUUCACUCAGAGAAUCUCAUCGAGUAGUAGUUAUGUCUUCUCCAAAGACAUCGGAGUCACAUCCUCCGCCAGUACUCCACGAGCUCGCAAUCGAAUGACCCUCCACAUUGAACAUCCCAAUCCAAUGCGUGGUUCAAUGAACAUCAAAGACUCCAACUAUCUAGCAGCCAUAGCUGGACAAAUCAUAACCAAUGGCAACUCGGAGACAUCCCUCAACUCCAUCAACUCAGAAUCUGGUUCCAAUGACACAACUCAUAUUCACAAUGAUAAUGAAGUUGCCCUCCGGAACGGCCACAAUCGUUCAAUAAGUGUCACUCAACCAAUGACAAGAAGUGAUAAAUUCUCUGCGAUAGAAACUAAAGAUUUGCUAACAGCGUUUCUCUUUGUCAUAAAGCACCUGGCCCAGGAUCAGAUGAUUGGAUGGUGGCAGAAUUGCACUGAGACAGAAGUUGUAUCAUUCUUAACCAUCCUUGAUCUGUGUCUAGUCCAUUUCCGCUAUGUGGGAAAGAAAAAUUUAGUCUUGAAUGAGGAUUUGGGGAAGAGUAGUCGUCUAGCUAAAGCGAGUACCCUGCCAGCUCGAAUGGCACCACCAAAUUUAGAAAAUGGUAAUGCUCAUGAAACAGGUACGCUGAAUCUCACACAGAAUCGAGAAAAUCUAGUCGAAGAAACAGUUCGAAGCCAGUUGGCGCUGUAUGAAUCGAACUUUGCCACAGAAGUCGGAAUGAUUAUUCUCGAUUGCAUGGGUCUUUAUUCGAUACAAUUCCGGGACAAGCUUAAUGAGAGUUGUGUGCUCCCAAAACUAGCUAGAGUCUAUUUGCGAUAUCUUCAGUUGGGUCAAUCGGAGAAUCUGUCCAAACAUGUAUUCGCUGCGCUGAGAGCAUUCAUUAACAACUUCUCUCCAGCGUUAUUCAAAGGGAAUGCCCUUCUUUGUGGCCAAAUGGUCUAUGAGCUUUUAAAAGCCUGUGACAGUAGAUUAGUCACUAUUCGGCACGAAUCCUGUGCUGUACUUUAUUUGCUGAUGCGAAGUAAUUUCGAAUUCAGUGGAAGAAAGGGUCUGACGAGAGUUCAUCUGCAAGUUAUCAUUUCGGUAUCGCAGAUGAUUGGCAAUGUGAUUGGACUGAAUAAUGCCAGAUUCCAGGAAUCUCUAUCCUUAAUCAAUAGUUAUGCGAAUAGUGAUAAAGCGAUGAAGGGAACUGGAUUCCCAGUAGAAGUAAAAGACUUGACACGGCGGGUGAGAACAGUUUUGAUGGCAACAGCACAAAUGCAAGCCCAUCAUAUGGAUCCAGAGAGAUUGCUUGAAUUGCAAUUAUCUUUGGCGAAUUCAUAUGCAUCCACGCCAGAGUUGCGACAUACUUGGCUCAUUACUAUGGCUCGAAAUCAUGAACAGAAUGGAAAUAUCUCCGAAGCAGCUUGUUGUCAUUUACAUAUUGCUGCUCUUAUGUCGGAGUAUUUGAAGCUUAAAGGCGUUGGUACGAUGGAUUGGGGUGCAGCUGCAUUCACUGCCAUUUCGAGAAAUAUUCCCCGAGAUGAAAAAGGUUUGAAACUUGAUUCGGGAGCACAGGAUUCACAAUACACUGAACAGAUGAUGUUGGAUCAGUUGAAAGAAUGUGCAGACUAUUUGGAUCGGGCUGAGCGUUUUGAAUGCUUGGGACCGUUGUAUAAAUUGAUUUUGCCAAUUUAUGAGAAGAGACGUGAUUAUGUUGCUUUGGCACAUUCCUAUGAACAUUUAACACAAUCUUAUAAUAAAGUAGUGGAGGUGAAUCGAUCUGGAAAAAGAAUGCUGGGACGGUUUUAUAGAGUGGUUUUCUAUGGACAGAUUUACUUCGAAGAAGACCAUGCUGUUGAGUUUGUUUAUAAAGAAUUUAAGCUGACUUCGCUUAGUGAAAUUUGUGAUAGACUCUAUAAACAAUAUAAAGACAAAUUUGGAGCUGAAGUUGUCAAAAUGAUAAUGGAUUCUUCACCGGUCGAUGUGAAUGCAUUAGAUAGCAAACUUGCUUACAUUCAAGUAACCCAUGUCAUCCCUUAUUUCUGCAAAGAUGAAUUAGACAAUCGAUUGAAUGAUUUUGAACAAAAUCACGAUGUUGAUACAUUUAUGUAUGAAACACCAUUUACAAAAACUGGUGGUGCUCGUGGUAAUGUUGAAGAUCAAUGGAAAAGAAAAACUAUCGUUACAACUACAUAUUCAUUUCCAUAUGUUCUGAAAAGAAUUCCCAUCAAAGACCGUCAAAUAAUCGAACUAAGUCCAAUCGAAGUUGCCAUCGAUGAAAUGCAAACUAAAGUUUCCGAAUUGGAAGAAGUCAUUCUUCCACCAGCCGAUGUUAAGAAACUCCAACUGCGCCUGCAAGGCAGUGUUGCAGUCACAGUCAAUGCUGGUCCAUUGGCUUAUGCUUCGGCAUUUUUGGAUCCAAAAAUUUCAGAUAAUUUCCAAAUUGAUCGAGUUGAAGAUUUAAAAGAUGUUUUUAGGGACUUUAUAAGCGUUUGUAAUACAGCCCUCCAAUUAAACGCUCGCAUGAUUUGCAGCGAUCAAAUUGAAUAUCAUUCCGCAUUAAAGGACAACUAUCAGAAACUCUGCACCGCAUUAAGUGAGCUACUCGAUGAGCCUUUUACUCCGCUGGACGAGAGUUGUAAUAGCACGCAGCAUCGCAACAGCAUGGCUUUAUUCAAUGCAAUCAGUGGCGCUGCAAAUAAUUCAAGUACAGCUUAGACAAAAAAACAAAUAAAAACAAACUAAUCAAGCUAUUAAGCGAUUAAAAAGAUAGUAGAUUAACCCAAGAGAUUAAUAAUUAAUUUUUGACAACACAUUAAAUAAAAAAAAAGUAAAAAAUAGCACAAACACCCUAACAAUAAACUAACCCCAUCCCGUAGUAUCAGUCUUUUAGCUUCCAUCCCACCUUCCCACUGUGUUUUGUUUUUAGAAAAAUGUAAUAAUGGAAUGUUAUUUUCAAAAAUAUGUUUUGUCUUUGAAGAAAAAUCAUAAACUAUUUGUGUUGCAUGAUUGAUGAUUGUUUUAUGUUCUUAUAGGUUUUGGGUUUUCAACGUUUGAUAUAAAAUAGUUUGUGUGCCACUCUACGUGGACACUUAAUACUAAACUACAUCCAACAACCCUCUGCCAGUUCCAAAAAAAUAAAUACAAAUAAAAAAACUAAGUCAACGCACAAAAAUAAAAAAAAAAAUAAA